AUUUGCCCUUUCAUGCCGAGGCAUACUAACCAACCAGAUUGCACGUUGUUGUAGCGUAGCGUGGCUUGUCUUGAUGCUCACCGUGAUCUCGUCAACAUGUCUUCAGAUGGCAAUAAUGGUCAGAGCCAAGCACCUUCUUUCGCUGGGGUCCAGCCCUCAGGGAUGCAGUUGCCUUAUAUGGGACCGCCGGGAAUGCCACCUCAUUACCCACCCAUGGGAAUGCCUCCCAUGGGACAGAGGCCUCCCAACAUGGCUCCCAUGCCACCUGGCAUGAUGCCGCCUGGCAUGAUGCCACCGAUGGGCGGGCCACCGAUGGGACAGAUGCCAGGCAUGAUGCCACCUAUGAUGCCCGGGAUGAUGAUGCCACCUCGAAUGCCAGCUGCGGCGAUGCAGCCGACAGGACCGCCUGGCGUUGACACCACUGUCCCUGCUGUACCUGGAACCGUUGGUACCACAAAUGGCUCGCCACAAGAUGACCAACCAAAGAAGAAGUCUGUGUGGACAGAACACAAGUCUCUGGAUGGGAAGACGUACUACUACAACACAGAGACUAAGCAGUCUUCUUGGGAGAAGCCAGAUGACCUGAAAUCUCCUGCAGAACAAAUGCUGUCUAAAUGCCCAUGGAAGGAGUAUAAAUCAGACAAUGGCAAGGCGUACUACUACAACUCUCAGACUAAAGAGUCCCGAUGGACCAAACCCAAAGAGCUUGAAGAUCUGGAAGCCAUGAUAAAAGCAGAGGAGAACGGUACCCCGGAGAUGGCCGCCCCCGCCGCUGUCAUGCCCCCCCCCAUUCAGCUCGACAGCACUGCUGCCAUGGCGACCAUGAUGAUGGAAAUGCCGGCCAUUGUGCCAGCUACAGCAGUGGCUGUGGAGCAGAUGUCCCAGGUGCCUAUGCAUGUGGCCGAGGUCAGAGCUGACACACCUGUCACCUCCGCAGAGGAAGCCGUCGUCAUGGAGGCCCCAGCCAGUAAGGAUGUCUCAAAGGAAGAGAGGCCAGAGCUGGUGAAGAAGACAUACAAGUGGAACACUAAAGAAGAGGCCAAACAAGCCUUUAAAGAGCUUCUGAAGGAGAAGGGUGUUUCAUCCAACGCGUCUUGGGAACAAGCCAUGAAAAUGAUCAUCAACGACCCACGAUACAGCGCCCUGCCCAAACUAAGCGAGAAGAAGCAGGCCUUCAACGCUUACAAAGUGCAGACGGAGAAGGAGGAGAAGGAGGAGGCUAGGAUAAAGUACAAGGAGUCCAAGGAAACCUACCAGAGAUUUCUGGAGAACCACGAGAAAAUGACGUCUACAACGAGAUACAAGAAAGCUGAGCAGAUGUUUUCAGACCUGGAUGUGUGGAGCACCGUUCCAGAACGAGACAGAAUAGAGAUCUAUGAAGACGUCCUUUUCUACCUAGCCAAGAAGGAGAAGGAGCAGGCCAAGCAGCUGAGGAAGAGGAACUGGGAGGCUCUGAAGAACAUCCUGGACAACAUGGCCAAUGUGACAUACCGAACCACCUGGUCCGAGGCUCAGCAGUACUUGCUGGACAACCCCACCUUCGCUGAGGACGAGGAGCUCCAGAACAUGGACAAAGAGGAUGCUCUGAUCUGUUUCGAGGAGCACAUCCGUGCGCUGGAGAAGGAGGAGGACGACGAAAAACAAAAGACCCUGCUGAGGGAGAGGAGGAGACAGCGCAAGAACCGAGAGGCCUUCCAGAAAUUCCUGGACGAGCUCCAUGACCACGGCCAGCUCCACUCCAUGUCCGCCUGGAUGGAGAUGUACCCCACAGUCAGCUCAGACAUCCGCUUUGCCAACAUGCUCGGCCAGCCUGUUUAUGGUGUUUAUUCUGCAGGCUCCACGCCGCUCGACCUGUUCAAGUUCUACGUGGAGGACCUGAAGGCUCGCUACCACGAUGAGAAGAGGAUCAUCAAAGAUAUUCUGAAGGAUAAAAACUUCUUGGUGGAAGUCAACACUAGCUUUGAAGACUUUGGCACAGUGAUCAGCUCGGACAAGAGAGCUACCACGCUGGACGCAGGCAACAUCAAGCUGGCCUUCAACAGCCUGCUGGAGAAAGCCGAGGCUCGGGAGAGGGAGCGGGAGAAGGAGGAGGCCCGGAAGAUGAAGAGGAAAGAGGCAGCCUUCAAGAGCAUGUUGAAGCAGGCCACUCCAGCCCUGGAACCAGAGGCCAGCUGGGAGAGUGUCCGUGAAAGGUUCCUCAAAGAAUCUGCCUUUGAAGACGUCACUUUGGAGUCCGAGAGGAAAAGAAUAUUCAAAGAUUUCAUGCAUGUGUUGGAGCACGAGUGCCAGCAUCAUCAUUCGAAGACCAAGAAACACUCCAAGAAGUCUAAGAAGCAUCACAGGAAGCGCUCCCGCUCUCGAUCGGGGUCGGAGUCAGAAGGCGAGGACGAUUACAACAGUAAGAAGAAGAAGCGCUCACAGUCCAAGUCCCCAUCGGAGCGCUCCUCCAGUGGCGAAUCAGAGAGAAGUUACAAGAAGUCCAAGAAGCACAAGAAGAAGGGCAAGAAGAGGCGUCACAAGUCGCAAUCUCCUGAAUCAGAGGGGGAGCGGAAAGACAAAGGAAGGGAGAGGGACAGCAAGCGUGAGAAGGACCAGGAGAAAGACAAAGAGAACGACAAGUCCCGGGCCAAGGGCCGCUCCGAAUCGAAGCAGAAGUCGCCUAAAAGGAAAUCGACCAAGGAAGAGGGAGGCUGGGACACAUCAGGCAGUGAGCUGAGUGAAGGAGAGCUGGAGAAGAGGAGGAGGACUCUCCUGGAGCAGCUGGAUGCUCCUUGAUCUUCAGUUUCUCCUCGUCUUCUCUGUUUCACUUCAUCCUACAUGCAUUCCCCCCUGACUUUCUUUUUUAGCCUCUUGUCAACUGACCUAGGGUUACAGCAUUUCAGGUAUCAUUUCCCAACUUCCCAGGCUAUGCUGAAAAGGUUCUUGGGAUUUUGGGGAAUUACCAGUUUGUCGCAGCCCAACUUGGACUGUGGACAGGAUUCCCCUCUUUCAUAUAAUGGUAUGAACUGGCCACAACGGCGCUCGAAUGCCUGGAUAAUAUUUGGUCUGUUUCCAUCCCUAAUGGGAAGUGGUUGCAGGUUGAGUGGUGACUACUUGGAUAUCAAGACAUGGUCACCUGUGUGGACAUUAAGAGACACACUCUGGGCCUUUUGUUGCCUUUGAUAAUAUGCUUUCUCACUGUCAUUUGUAGACAUUUGUAGUUGGAUGUUAUUGUUUUUCUUUGCUACUAGUUUGAUAUCAACAUGGAUUCAAAGUGCAUCUUAAUGCCAUUCUCUUUACUGUUCUCUGUACACUUUGUUCAUCUGAAAUGGCACCCUGCUUCCUUUUUAGUGCACUCAUUUUGAUCCAAACUAGUGCCCCCCAUACGGGUUAGACGGAUGUAGAACUCUUAGGAAAAGGUGUGCAUCUAGACUCAAGCCCCCUACUGAAGAAUCCAUGCUUUAUUUUUUUUUUUGUUAAACGUGUCUCUGAUAUGAGACCUUUUUAAAUUAAUCUUAAUGGUAUGUCCAUGAUUGUUUUGUUAGAGGAAUUGUGGAAGUUCUGAUAUGAUCCAAAAUGUAAUAAAAAAAGGUUUACAUGGA